AUGUCCCUCGUACGACUCGCCGAAAUCGCACUUCAACCGCAGAGCAUUGCGGCGACGCUACUCUGCAUAACCCUGGUCGCCGUCAUCCACAAACGCCUGACGCAAUCCAACAAGCUACCUCUCCCACCAGGCCCGCCAGGCCAUUUCAUCUUCGGCAAUUCCAUACCCAGUACCUUUGCGUACCGCAAAUUCGAAGAAUGGACUCAAGAAUACGGGCCUGUCUUCACCCUCCGGCAAGGUCUGACAACGACCAUCGUCAUCGGCCGCCUGCAAGCUGCGAUUGACAUCAUGGAGAAGGAAGGAGCUGCGCUCGUUGACAGACCCCACAACAUCUCCGCCGGGGACACGCUUUCGGGUGGGAUGCGCGUGUUGCUGACACCCGCUGGCGAGAGGUUCAAGAAGAUGCGGAGAGCGCUGCAUGCACACCUCCAGCCCAAGAUUGUGGCCAAUUACGCCCCUACGCUCACGCGAAACGCGAAGCAGCACAUCCUGGAUGUGAUUGACAAUCCCAAUCGACACCAAGACCAUGCUAAGAGGUAUUCGGCUUCGGUGGUGAUGGCACUUGCCUAUGGGCGCCACCCCAAGUGUUACGAAGACCCAGAUGUGCAGGCUGUCAACCGCUGCCUGACGCGCCUGGGCGUCACACUUCGCCCAGGUAUCUGGAAGGUUGACGCCUACCCCUUCCUCAAAUACAUCCCAGGCUAUCUGAAGGAGCUUCAAGACGGGCAUGCCGAGGAGCUUGCGCUCUUCAAACGUCAGCUGAACGAAGUUAAAGCUAAAAUUGAGCGCAAGGAAGCCAUCCCAGAGUCCUUCGGCAAGUACCUCCUCGAACGACAAGCGGAGCUCGAGCUAUCAGACGACGAAACAGCCUAUCUCGCCGGGUCGAUGUUCGGUGCAGGAUCCGACACGACGGCAUCGGCCAUCUCGAUCGCGGUUAUGGCAUCUGCGUGCUACCCUGCUGCACAGGCUCGGGUCCAGGAGGAGCUUGAUGCAGUGGUUGGACGGGAACGGCCACCUGAGUUGGACCUGAUGGGCAUUGGCGCGAGGGAGCAGGAGAAGCUGCCGCAGCUGAUGGCAUUUGUGCUGGAGACCUUCAGGUGGAGGCCUGUUUCUGCUGGUGGAUUCCCGCAUAAGGCGACAAAGGACAUUGUCUGGAAAAACUACCUGAUUCCCAAAGGCGCGAGCGUCAUCGGUAAUGUGUGGUCUGUCGGACGCGACCCUGCAUAUUUCCCCGACCCGGAGAAAUUCGACCCCCAACGGUGGCUGAACAGCGAGGGGAGGAUUAAGGACGACCUACGCUCGUAUGCUUUUGGGUUUGGAAGGAGAGUAUGCCCUGGGCAGCAUAUGGCUACCGCCUCCGUAUUCCUCAACACCUCCCUUCUCCUCUGGGCGUUUAACAUCAGGAAGGACCCUUCGUCGCCCAUCGACGAGCUUGCCUUUACAGAGUCGGCGAAUACCCACCCGCUGCCGUUCAAGGUGAUCUUCGAACCUCGGGCCGCAAGCUCGAUGCAGGGUGUCAAGGAGCUCUUGGAAGAUUACGGAGUAUGA